UUCUUGUUUUCAACCGGUUUUUUAAUGAUAAUUCAAAGAUAUGCCGAUAAAAUGAGAAAUGGAAAAAUUGGACAAAUUAAUAUAUGUAAAAGAUAUUAUUGAUGUAUAAUUUAAUUAUACAUUAUACAUUAGUUUAUAUAUAUAAGCUGUAUACCGUUAUAUACGUCGCUGAUUGGUCGCGAUAAUCAGCUAUACUAGCUAUAUAAGUUGUAUUAUUUUUCAUCAAGAAAUCAAAAAGUGAAGUCAGUUUAGUGUGAUCCACCGUAGUUUGCAGAUUUUUUCCAAUAUGAGAACAUCACCAUGGGACUCUCUAAACAAUGGGGCUAUCGUCUUCGAGUCUCUGACGGAUGAUACCUUCGAAGGUGCUCUUAAUGUCAUAAGAAAAAGUUUUUUUAUCUACGAGAAUGUAUGCAAAGCUGUAGACUUACUCUCAGAACCCAGUGCGAGCAAAGAACUUGAGGAACUCUGUCUGGAUGCAGCCAAGGAUGGGGUUAGUGUUGUUGCUGUUGAUACAAAUAGUAGGAAAGUUGUUGGAGUGGCUUUCAACAAAAUACAGCUUCUCAAAAAUUCAUCAGAGAAAAGUAGCUUUGAAAUAUUGAGGGAUAAUUGCAAGUGCAAAUCCUCGAAAGCCUUGAUAGAUUUCAUGAUAAAUAUAGACGCCAGGAUAGAUUUGUUCAAGCGCUACAACACCGAUUGUAUCUUUGAAAUCAUGUUUUUGGCCACUUUGCCUUCUUAUCAAAAGUGUAGAAUAGGAGAGCUGCUGGUAACUUCAUCUAUAAAGAUAGCAGAUGAGUUAAAAAAGGGAAAUCCUGUGAAAACACCAAUCACGAUAAAUGAUGUUAAUAUUAUAGAAAACCAAAAAAAAAUACCCAACGUGAUAUCAGCAAUCAUGACGUCCAAUUAUUCGCAGAAGAUAGCGACGAAGUGUGGAUUCGAAAAUUUAUUUUCACUCAGCUAUGACGAAUUCCAUUUCAAUAACAAAGUUUUUAGCGAAAAAAUAGGAGAUGAACAUCGAAACUGCAUCUUGGUUGCUAAAAAAUUGUCUUAGAUAAAACCUAAUUGUUAAGGUUGAGAUUUAAUAUCGUAAAAAAAAUAUAUAUUUUUUUAUAUUAAAUUAUAUAAUGAAGCGAAUAAAAAGAAAAUCAUUCCGCAUUUUUCUAACCGUAUUUAUAAAAUGUAAUCUUGUGUUAUCAAGUUAUAUUGAAUGAACUAAUAUGUAAACGCACGAUAAGAAAUAAGGCUGUCUAUUGAUAAUUAUAGUCAGAGAAAAACCAGCAAAUAUAUACAAUAUUGUUGACAAAUAAAAACAAUAGCAUUA